AUGCUUCCACCAAUAAUGGUUUACACAUAUACAUUUACGGCUGCAAUACCAAAUUUUCGAUGUGUAAACCCUACUGUAAGCAUUCCAGAUGAAUACAAUGAAAUAUUAAAUAACAGAUUCGAUGCUAUAUAUAAACCAACAGCGGAACAAUGCAAACAAGUAUCAAAAUCUUUAUCAAUUAAAGAAUGUCAACGUUGUUUUAUUCAAUCAAGAACUAAUAAUCAAUCAUCUGUAAAUGUAACAUUAACGCCAUGUAAUGAAUAUGUUUAUGAAAGAAGAUAUUAUACAAAAACAUUAGUCGAAGAAUGGACAAUGGUUUGUGAUCGUCUUCAUUAUCGAUCAACAGCACAAAUGAUAUUUUUUGUUGGUUAUAUGGUUGGUUCAAUAGUUUUUGGCAUGUUGGCUGACAAAUAUGGCCGUCGUCCUAUAAUGAGUGUCAGUUUUAUUUUAAUGAGUGUAUCAGGAUUUUUAUGUGCAUUUGGUCCUCAACCGAUAUAUGGUUUUUGGCCAUCAUAUGUUAUUUUUGUAACAGCACGCUUUUUACUUGCUUGUUCAACACGAGGAAUUUCAGUAUCUGGAUUUGUACUUGGCUCAGAAAUUGUUGGACCGAGUAAACGUUUAUUAACUGGUAUUGUAAUUGAAUAUUUUUUUGCAUUUGGACAAUUAUUUCUUGCACUUUUUGCAAAUUAUAUUCGUACAUGGAGAGCAUUAACAGGAGCUAUAUCAAUAUUUACAGUACCGUUUAUAUUCUUUUAUUUUAUUUUACCAGAAAGUCCUCGUUGGCUUGUUAGUCAAGGACGUUUUGAUGAAGCUGAAAAAGUUUUACGUUAUAUUGCAGCUAAAAAUGGUCGAGAUUUUGAUAAAGAUGCUUAUGAACAAGUUAAAGAAGAACAACAAAUAAGUAUGCUGAACAAACAUAAUCAAGAAGGUGUCAUGGGUUUAUUUAGAUCAAAAAUUAUGUGUAUUAUUAGUAUUAAUCUAUUUUUCCAAUGGCUUGUACAAAAUUUAGUAUUCUAUGGUGUUUCACAAAAUACAGGUGCAUGGGAGUUAAAUCCAUAUUUAUCAUUUACUCUUAGUGCAUUAGUUGAAUUAGCUGCAUAUAUUAUGGUACAUUUAAUACUUGAUCGUAUUGGUCGUAAAAUACCUUAUUGUUUAUUUGCUAUACUUUUUGGUAUAGUUGCUCUAUUGGUUUUACCACUACAGAAAUUCAUGCCAAAUGAAACUUAUACUAAGAAAGUGUUAUUAAAUCUAAUAAAUGGCUCAUUAAAAUUUUUUGCAUCUGCAUCUUAUGCUAUCAUAUAUAUAUAUGCAAAUGAACUUUUUCCAACAAAUCUACGAAAUACAGGAAUGGGUAUUUGUUCAAUGGUUGCACGUAUUGGAGCAAUUAUUGGAACCUAUUGUAAUGAUUCUUUAGCUCGUAUUUGGGUACUUCUACCUGUACUUCUUUAUGGUAUCGUUUCACUUAUAGCUGCUGUAUUAGCUUUAAUGUUUCCUGAAACAUUAAAUAAACCAUUACCACAAUCAGUUGCCGAGGCUGAAAGAAUGGCCAUGGCCAGUAUUCGAACUGGAAAACCUCAAAGUACAAUAACUAAUGGUACGGAACGUGAAGGUCAAUCAUUAACAGGACAUAAUGAAGACAUUAUACUCAAGGAUCAAUUACAACGAAAUAAUACAGAUGAUAACCAAUUAUAA